AUGGUAUAUAAGAACAUCUCUGACAUAUAUAAAUCUGAAGAAUUUAAGACCUACGACAACUUUGUUUCGUUAGUUGCUGAAUGUGUAUGGCAGAUAAGAGAUAAAGAUAGAAGAGGUAAAGUAUGGCAUGAACAGAUAAAACCAGCAGCUUUUGAGUUAAAGAAAACCAUUGACGCUUUAGUUAUUUUAGCAGGUAAGGUUUCAGAAUAUAACGCAAAAAUGAACCCACAAUGUUCAAAAUGUAAAGCAGCAAUGAGAAAAUAUAACUACUCCGUCAAAGAGAUAGAAAGAAUGCGAAACGACUAUGCUGACUUAAAGAAAGAAGAAGAGAAACCAGCAGAAGAUAAAAUGGAUAUGUUGACAUUUCUUAAUAAAAACUAUCCAACUGCUGACGAUUUCCUUCUAUCUGACGUCAAGAAGAAGUAUAAAGAAACUUUCGGCAUUGUUAAAACUUUUGAUAUCCUCAGCGAAGAAAUAGAAGCUACUAAAUUGUUUAGAAUCUCGCGAAUUCAUAACGUUUACCAUGUAAAACGCUUAUAA